UUACAGAAAGUCAGCUGCAGAGAGGACGGAAGGAGCCCUAUGUCUUCCUCCAACCCUGAGGACACCCCCCAAGAGCCUGUGCCUGAGCCCUCGGGAUCCAAGAAGAAAAAGAAGAAGAAGAAAAGAGAGCAGGCACAGAAAGAGGCCACCAUCCAGACCCUCACCAGGGCUGGCCAUGGGGCCCUGCAGGCUGGUCGGAACCACGAGGCCUUGAUCAGCUUCCAGAGGGCCUUCCUCCUGGCCUCUGAGACCCCGCGAGCCAGGGGCACCCCCAUUCUCCGGGCCUGUGCCUUCAACCUGGGUGCUGCUUACAUGGAGACUGGGGACCCCACCAGAGGCCUUGAGCUGCUCCUGCGAGCCCAACCUGAGAAGAAGGCGCAAGGCGGGUGCCACGGUGACCAGUGCUUCAAUGUGGCUCUGGCCUACCACGCGCUGGGUGACCUGCGUCGAGCUUUGGCCUGGUACCACAGGGCCCUGGGCCACUACCGGCCACAGGGUGACCAGGGAGAAGUUCAAGCAAAAAUGGGAGCCUGCUACCAGGCUCUGGGGCAGCCUGAGCUAGCAGCCCACUGCCUGCAAGAAGCCAGCCAGGCCUAUGCCCAGGCAGAGCAGCCCCGGGCUGCAGCCCUGACACUGGGGGCUGCGGCGGGGUGUAUGCUGAAGAGCGGGCAGCAUGGGAUGGGUGAAGUGGUGCGAGUGCUGGAGGAGAGCCGGAGGCUUGCUGAGAGGAGCCCUGAGCACCAGCUGCUGGGGCGACUCUAUAAUGACCUAGGCCUGGGCUACUCCCAGCUCCAGCUGUUCCCACUGGCAGUGGAGACUUUCCUGCAGGCCCUGCCGCUGUGCCGUGGGCUGGGAGAGAAGGCCACAGUGCUGAGAAACCUCGGGAUGGCCCACAAUGCACUUGGCAACUAUCAGGAAGCCCGGGAGUUUCACCAGAAGGCCGCUGAUCUGCACGGCUCUGUAGGGCAGUGGUGGGAGCAGGGUCGGAGCUUUGGCAGCCUGGCAUUCGCACUGAGCCAGCUGGGGGACCACAAGGCUGCCAGAGACAACUACCUGCAUGCCCUACAGGCUGCCCGGGACACAGGGGACAUGAAGGGGCAGUGGCAGGCCUGCGAGGGUCUGGGGGCGGCUGCGGCCCGACUGGGGCAGCAUGAUCAGGCCUUGAAGCACUAUAAGGAAGCGCUGGCCCGGUGCCAGGAACCAGAUUCAUUGCGAGAGCGGCUGACGGCCAAACUGGCUGACGCCAUGAGGACCCACUUGGCCCAGGGAGGGCUUGUCCCCACUCACACUCUGACCCCAGCUCCGCGGAGGCCCCCGGCUCCAGGCGGGGCCUGCGGGGCACGGACCCCAGCCCGGGUGGGGAGACGCCCGGCGGAAGCCCAGAGCAGAUCUGACCGUAGGAGGGAGAACGCAGACUUUGUGCAGGACCUCGAGGAGGAAGAGGAGGGAUCAGCGAACGUUUCCGCGACGUCUCUCGCGCUCAGACUGGCGCGUCCUGGACCCAGAGCCCAUCUCCCAUUUGGAGGUUCUGGCUCUCCCAGAGUGGGAUAUCCUGGCAUCCUGGUACCCAGUGGCCCCCAAGCCAAAAGAGAUCUGAACAACCCUCAUCCAACUCUGGAGGCCCAGGGUCUCCCCUGCUCCCUACAUGACCUGACUGUAGGCCCCAGAGAAAGGGAAGGUGCUGCAGAAUGGGAGGACGUGAAGCUUAAGCCUACUCCCUCCCGCACUGGAACGCACCAGCAGAGGUUAUCCACAUGGCCCAGGGAAACCCACAGCAGCAAGGGCCCGAGGAGACCCAUCCAGUCUGGCUUCUGCACAAUCAUGUGACCCCACUCUGCUAGCUACAGCCCAGGUCUCUGCAGUAUGGCCCCCAACACACACACUUUGUGAGUUCUGGGGGACCCAGCCUCUUGCCAGUUGUUCAAUUCUGUAUGAAGAUGGAGCACAGCACAGUCAGUGAGUGGAGUCCUGAGCAGCCUGGACAAGGGCUUUGCCAUCUUGGGGGUCCUAUUUGUUCCUCCUCUGGAUUUCUGGACUCCACAGGCAAAAGAUAAAAGGAAAAUGAAUGAUGAAUUGUCCCUUUUCUUUCUGGAUCCCAACUUCAUGAUUGCUAAGGUCGUUGCCAGUCCUAAAAACUAUGAGUUCUUGGCCAAGUGGCUUUGGAGUCACUGACUCCUCCACACCUGUUUUCUCACAUUUAAAAUGGGAAUAAUACUACAGAAGAUGAACCUUAACCAACCGACACACUCAGUGUCCUCUGUGCGACAUAGUGGAUGCCCUUUUCAGGCCUGCAACCUGUAGGACACCUGCUGCUAGCAGCAUCAGCAACAAUAUUAUUUAACAUUUACUGAGCACUUACCACAUGCCACACACUAUUCUAAGUGCUUCACAAGUGUUUUAUCCUUUGAUCCUCACAAGUCCAUGAGGCAGGCACUGGAAACGAAGGUACAAGGAGGUAAAGUGGUUUGUUCUCCCAGGUCACACAACUAGUAAGGGCAGAAGCUGGGAUUGAAACUAAGCAGUGAGCACCUUCUAAAAUGCCUGCACAGUUUUGCUUUCCUCAGUUACACCAUUUCUUUCCAAGAGUCAGUUGUGUUUGAUACCAAAUGUGUUAUGCCAGUUGUACAUGUUAUUGUAAUUUGUAAUUAAAUGUUAUAUAAACUGAUGAUGUAAGAUGCGAAAACAAGCACUGUUUCUAUGAAAACUAAGUUCAAUGCUUAGAAGACUUGACGAAGGUGAGUCACUUCUGAAAAACUGCUGAAUUAGUUGUAAGCAAGAAGCUUAUUACAGAAUAGGGGAAAUCAUAAAAAUCUAGAUGAAUUCUGUACUCAGAUGGUUUCAAAUGUGCCAUUAAUUUGUUUGUUCCAUCUUAAGAAAGCAAACUCAAAAUUGCAG